UUCCUGUAGCGCGCCUGGCCGGCUCCGCGCUCGAGCGUCCCCAGGCGCGUUCCGCUCCCCUUCCCGCGCGAGUUACGCCUUUCUGUCUCCAGCCCCAGAGCAGAGGCCCGGCCCCGUCGCGGACACCGGGGCAAGCCCGGAUAACGGGAUGUGUUGCGAGAAGUGGAACCACGUGGCCGAAAUGCUGCUCUUCAUUGAAGACCGCGAGGAGGAGUACAAGAUCCUUUGCCUCUGCUCCCGGGCGUUUGUGGAGGAUCGAAAAUUGUACAACUUGGGAUUACAAGGCUACUAUGUCAAAAGCAGUGGCAAUAAUGCAGGAGACCAAGUUACAGAAGAGGAGGAAGAUGGUCAUUCCAAUGGCACUGCAGAGUCACAUAGCCCAGAUGAAAGUGACCUUGAUUCUGAGGCCAAACUCAUGAGAAGUAUGGGAUUACCAAUUCAGUUUGGUAGAAUGUCUACACAUGAGAAUUUUGAGGUGUCUAUGAAUGCAAGAAAUAAAGCUAAAGUGAAGCAGAAAAGAAGAAAACACCGAAAGCGGUAUUUCGAUGAAAUGGUUUGGGAAUCCUGGAGAAAUGACUAUGAAGAAGAUGACCUUGUAGUUUCAGAUAAUCCAUCUUCAGUUGAACACUGUGAGAACAACAGAACAUGUAAAAUUGAAAGCAAAGCAGAUACUGAAGCAGAAAACCUUCCUGUUGAAAAUACACUGGCACCAAAGCUAGAGGUCCCAGAGAAUUGGGAAAAGUACUGGAAUGAAUAUGGAGAAGGGCUGUUGUGGCAAAGCUGGCAGGAAAAGUAUCCAGACCAGACACUAACUUCUGAACCUUGGAACCUUCCUGAUACGAAGGAAGAAUGGGAGCAGCAUUACAGUCAGCUCUAUUGGUAUUAUUUGGAACAAUUUCAGUAUUGGGAAGCUCAGGGCUGGACUUUUGUUGCCUCACAAAACUGUAAUGAAGAUGUUUGCACAUCUCACCCAGAGGUUGACCAGAAUGCUGAGAGCAUCCUGAAAGCGGAUGUAACGACUCUUUCAUCUACACCUGACAUAGCUGAGGAUGAAACCCUUGGCUCAAAUGAUAAUGACCACAAUGAAAUUAUUACUGGGAUUAACAACAUAACUCUGAGUGCAGAGGUAGUAGAACAGAGCCACUUAGAUUCCUCUGAGCACUGUGACAAGCCGCUCAGUGAAAUCACUGGGAAAGAGUGCCCUGCCUCUGGGGGAAGUGACUCCUGUAAUGGAACACCCAAGGAAAGUGACAGUUCUAAGAACGGAAGCUCAGACCAACCAGCUCAAGAGUUGCAGGAGUCUUCAGGAACAAAUACAGGUAAACAUAGACCUCACCAUAACGGGGCUGACGGAAAUGAGAGUGAAGAUGACCCGCCUGAGCGUAAGCCCAGCAAAGUGAAGAGAAGCCAUGAAUUGGACGUUGAUGAAAACCCAGACUCAGAAGUUGAUGACAAUGGUUUUCUCCUAGGAUUCAAGCAUGGCUCAGGACAAAAAUAUGGUGGAAUUCCAGAUUUCAGUCGUCGACAGGUCAGGUAUCUAGAGAAGAACGUGAGAUACAAGUCAAAGUACCUAGAUAUGCGGAAGCGGGUGACUGUGAAGAACAAGCACAUCCUGUUCACCCAGGAGGCAGGGAAACCCUUUGUCAAGAAGAGUAGAGUUCGGAGUAAGGUAGAAAAAUUCCUGAAAUGGGUUAAUGAACGAGUAGCUGAGGAGAAAUCACAGGAGUCUCUUUCUCAAAACAAAAUGCAAGACACUUGCACAAGCAGUGACUCAGAAGAGCAAGACAUGUCCUUAGAGAAAGCUGACAACCUGGUGGAGACCAGAGAUCCAAAACCUGAAAAAUGUCAGACCAUCUCUUCAGCCAAUGAACUUGAAGCAGAAAAGAGUGAAGCAGGCUCCUUAGUAGCAACUGUUCCAGAGAACUGUUCAACUGAAGAAAUGCUAAACUCUCCCCAUGCAGAAACAGAAGUUGAAAUAAAGAAGAAAAAGAAGAAGAAGAGCAAGAACAAAAAGAUAAAAGAUCUACCACCUGAAAUAGCUUCUGUUCCAGAGCUGGCAAAAUACUGGGUCCAAAGAUACAGGCUCUUCUCUCGCUUUGAUGAUGGGAUCAAAUUGGACAAAGAGGGCUGGUUUUCAGUCACUCCUGAGAAGAUUGCUGAGCACAUCGCUGGCCGUGUCAGUCAGUCCUUCAAAUGUGACGUUAUAGUAGAUGCUUUCUGUGGAGUUGGAGGAAAUACCAUCCAGUUUGCCUUAACAGGGAAAAGAGUGAUUGCCAUUGAUAUCGACCCUGUUAAAAUUGAUCUUGCUCGGAAUAAUGCUGAAGUUUAUGGGAUAGCAGAUAAGAUAGAGUUUAUCUGUGGAGAUUUCCUGCUCUUGGCUCCGAGUUUAAAAGCUGAUGUUGUGUUCCUAAGUCCACCUUGGGGAGGACCAGAUUAUGCUACUGCAGAGACCUUCGACAUUAGGACAAUGAUGUCUCCUGAUGGCUUUGAAAUUUUCAGGCUUUCCCAGAAGAUCACUAAUAAUAUUGUUUAUUUUCUUCCAAGAAAUGCUGAUAUUGACCAGGUGGCGUCCUUGGCUGGGCUUGGAGGGCAAGUGGAAAUAGAACAGAACUUUCUUAACAAAAAGUUAAAGACAAUCACUGCAUAUUUUGGUGACCUAAUCAGAAGACCGGCACCUCUGAAGACCACUGCUGAAGCAGAAGUGUGAUACUGUAAAGCACAGAGAGAUCACGUGGAGUGAGGAUGUACAACAUUUAAUGAGAGACAGGAGGAAGGCCUUCCUAGGUUCUUUAAUACUGUGUGCACAUGUUAUGUGGAAACCUCUGAGUUCUAAAGAAUGCCGAUGAAGUGGCUUGAGAUCUUCGGGUAAUGUUAACUGAUCUGUGUUGUAUACUUUAAAACAUCAUCGGGGCAAGAUAGUAGCGGGGCCUGUAAUCCCAGCACUUCAGAAAGAUCAUGAGUUCAGGCUCAUGCUGUGCUUCCUAACAAAUCAAGGCUGGUCUGAGCUCUAUGAGAUCUUGCCUCAAAAAAAAAAAAAAUAAUAAUAAUAAUCAUAAAGAGUCGAGACAUAUCCCUGUGCUUAAAUAAUUGCAUCUGUACAUGUGUAUGUUUUCAUUCUUAACUGUCUCAGUUUAACAUCUUUGUGUCUGUGUAAGUAAUUAUUGUUUUUUUUUAAAGUAUAAAAGAAAACCAAAGCAGUUCUACCUACACAUGUAAGCCUUAUUGAAAUAAUGUUACCAAUUUAAUGCUAAAACAGGAAAAGUAAAACUUCCACCACCUUACCUACCUUUUAUUCAACUAUCUAAAGCUAAUCACAGUUAACAGUGCUUUGCUUUUUAAUUUUUUUAUUACAUUUUAUUUUAUCUGUAUGUGCAUGCAUGGGUGUGUGUAGAGGUCAGAGGACAACUUACAGGGGUCUGUUCUCUACUUAUACCAUGUGGGUUCCUGGGAAUCAAGUUACGAUCAUCAGGCUUUAUAACCAGAGCCUUUGCCUACUGAGCCAACACAUUGGUCCCCUCUUAAUAAUUCUUCUGAAGAAAAAAUUGCAGUAUAAGAGUGUGCCCUAGUGCACUUUUCCAUUGAUACAUUCGCUGUCUGUUCAUUGCUUCCCUUUGUGGAUAUUUAAUGUAUAGUAUAUGAAAUAAAUGCCUUUGUGUGUGCGUGAGAGAGAGAGAAGUGUGUGUGUGUGUGUGUGUGCGCGCGCGCGCGCGCCAAGCACUGUGCCCACUAUGCCCACAGAGUCCAGGGGAGAGUGUUGGAUCCCUUGGAGCUGAAGUUGCAGGUGGUUGUGAACUGCCAGGCGUGGGUACUGGGAAAUGGACUUGGGUCCCCUGGAAGUGGAAGUAAGUUCUCUCUCCAGCCCAGGAUGGUUUUUUUUAAUCAUUGUUUUUACUUUUCUGUUUUGGUCUGGUUUGUUUUUUCAGAUAAUCUUGUAUAACCCAGGCUGGCCUCAUACUUUGUAACUGAGAGUGACUUUGAGCUCCUAACCCUUCUGGCUCCACCUGCUACACCAGGCUUAUGAGUGCAUCUCGAAGGCCAUUCUAUUUCAGUGUAUACAUGUCAGUCUACCUCGUGUUUUUAAUGGCUAUUUUGUAUUCCAUUAUCUGUAUAUAUAAACUAGUUCCCUCCUGAGAGACACAAAAGCUGUUUUUAUGGUUUUGUCAUUACCAACUGUUAUGCACUGUCUUUCCUUACAAUAUUUGCGGUUGAACAAGUACUUCAAUUGGUAAGUUUCAAGGAGUUAGACCUCUGAACUUUUGUACAUUUCAGUCUUGAUAAAAAGACCAAAUUGUUUCAAUAAAAUUGAACUUGCUUUUAGGUUUAUUUAUCUCAAA